GAGCUUUCCUCAGACAAAGCAGCCCUCUGACAAGGCAAGUCACCAUACUAUUGUAUGAUAGAAUGUCGACAACUUGUACAAUUGCACGAAAUACUUUUAGUUCUUUCAUAGUAUAUUUUACAAGAUUGUUGUACUGCAAAGGAGCAAUCUCACGUCAUCCAUUCAAAUAUGCCGCUCAUUGUCAAGGUCAACCCUGAACAUAUUGCAGCGAAAUAUCCAGAAAUCACAUCACCCGAUGGCACAUUGUCUCCGCCGCCGAUAGAGGCAGUGAAAACGGAGGAAUCGCCGCUGCUGGGGCAGAAGAUCAAGGCCAAACAUCGCGAGUUUAGGAAGGCAGUCUCGCGGAAGAUACGCCGAAAUCUCCGCAGUAUGAAACGAGGUCCUGUGUUGGCGCUUAUUCUGAUCGAGUUGUUUGAACGAUUUGCGUACUACGGGAUACUGAUAAACUUUGCUUUGUACCUGAACAAGUGUGCUGGAUGGCCAAUGUUUGUGUCCGUAGCAAGCGUAAUGGCGUUUACCUCAAUUUCUUGGUUCAUGUGUGCUUUAGGGGGAAUCAUGGCGGAUUCGCGUUUUGGACGUUAUAACACCAUUGUUAGUGGCUUCCUUGUCUAUUUUAUAGGCUCAAUAAUUCUUGUGGUCGUUGCCUUUGUGAUGGGAUAUUUUUACAUCGAGAGAGGAGAAGCUCGCAAGAGAAUAGACGAGCCUUGGAUCCUGGUCGUCUUAAUAGUCGCUUUACUUUCUGUUUCUGCGGGAGAAGGUGCAGUGAAAGCGAAUUUAUCCGCCUUUGGGGCAGAUCAGCUCAAAAGAGAUGCGCCAAGGCAGGAAAACAAAACAUUGUUUAAUUGUUUUUAUUGGAUGUCCAAUGUGAUUUCAUUGCUCUUUUUAGCUGGUGUAACUUAUAUUCAACAAAUGAAGUGGAAGUAUGGCUUCACUGUUGGGUUUGGCAUUCCUGCCUUUUCACUGACACUGGCAUUGGUGUCAUUCUUGUUCUGUCGCAAGUAUUUUACCAUUGGUAGACCUUGUGGCACAGGGCUUAGGAACAUGUGGCUGAUUAUGCGCCAGGCCUGGUCUAGAAGGAAAGCGGCAAAACUGGAAACAAGAGAAUUAAUUCCAAGAAGUAGUUCAGGAAGUCUGUUUUCUUCUCCUGAAAGUGACUGGCUUGACGUUGCCAUGGUAAAUUACGGUGGAACAUUCUUGGAGUCAGAGGUGAAUGAACUCAGGGCAAUGAGGAAAGUUGUUGUGCUCUCUUUUCUGUUGAUUCCCUACUGGAUGAUUUAUAGUCAGCUUUACAGUACAUUCAUCCUGCAAGGGCUCCACCUCAAGGCAGACUAUGGAAUGAUAAUUAUCCCUGCUGCCUGGCCUAGUCUCUGUGAGAUUGUCAUACUUUUGAUCCUGGUUCCUGUAAUGGAGAGAGGAGUCUAUUCUGGUCUAGCCACGUGCGGUGUCUGUAUCCCCAUUUUAUGGAAGGUCUUCUUAGGAAUGUUAUUGGCUGCUGGAUCAGCAGGAAUGGCUGGCCACGUAGAAAGAGCAAUGACAAACAGCUUCUUUGUUUGUGGUAGUGUGAACCACACUGCUAGUGGUGUAACAUACUCAGCAGUGCGAGACUACUCCAUUUGGUGGCAGAUUCCACAGUACACGCUGAUGGGCAUGAGUGAGGUAUUCACAGCUAUUCCGGGGCUUCAAAUGAUGUUUUCUAUGUGUCCUUCCACUCCACCGAGUGUCACAUCAGCUGUGUACAACAUCAGUUUAAGUACUGGGAGUCUGCUCAGUCUUGGCAUUUUAGCGCUUACGGCAUAUGUGUGGGGAUGGUAUCCCAUAGCUAGCGAAGGAGUCCUUGGCCAUUAUCUGGGCAAUGAAAAGGUUGCAAACUAUUACUGGCUUUUGGCAGCGCUGAUGGUUGUCAUAGCAUUUUUUACACUGAUUGUAGGUUACAUAAAUGACAUUGGGUUAAGCAGAACUGAAAUUAAGCAUCAGUUAUUGGUUAACGAGGAAACAUUAGGGCAAGAUCGGCUUCCUUCAACAGAGCGUGGUCCAAACAUUGAUACACAGGCAAGUCUGUUUGUGGAGCUUAGUUGAAGAAAGCCUUGACACUUCUAAGUUAACAAGUUAAUUUCAGAAAAUAUGGUUAUUUAAUAGUUAAUUUUUGCAUAGUAGCAUUUUUACAGUUUUGUAAAGCUCUUGGCAAUUGAAGGAGUGAUCAUAAUAGGAAAUAAGUUUCAUGAAAUGAGGGUUUACAAUUUUGUGCCUGAAUAAAAGUCUAACUUUAGAAAAGGUUGAAUCAGGGCUGGGUUGAAUUGCUGGGAUAAUAAAUGUGUCAGUAGUAUUAUUGAA